AUGGACGGCUCUCGCACCCCCAACUACCAAGCCCCGCCCGAGUAUGGCUACUACGAUGACGAUUACCCGCCGUCGCCCGAGCACUACUCGCGCGCAGGUUCGUCGAUGCGCCUGCUGACCCAUGGCGACCCCCACGACUACAGCCCGUUAGUACCCCCCAGUCCUUCAGCAGCGCUACCGCCACUGGAGCCCAGUCCUCUCUCGGGAGCACAUUCCUCCCAGCCCCGGGGACCUGGCUUGACCUUCGGGUCUCGCCCUCCGCCGGGUGCCCCACCAACUCAGCAUGCCGAAGAUCCCAUGGCGGACUUUUUGCGCGAGGCCGAGCAGUCCCUGUCCAAUUCGCAACCGCAGCAGCCCGACCCUGCGCCAGAGUCUUCUGCCUUCAAGCGCGGCACCGACAAGAUCAAGAAGACGAUCAAGCUGAACGUCAAGCGCAAGCCUGCCGCCAAUACACAAGGCUCACCAGAACAACUUGACAGGCCGGCCCCGCAGUCCUCAUACGAUUCGUCAAUCUAUCCGUCCACCACCUCGCUGCCGCUUUCGAGAGCUCCCUCUAUCCUGGACACCGCACCGCACAUUCCUCCGCCUGACCUCGACGACGCCUACAUGCCUUACCGUGCUGCCACCCCGACCAACCGCGCCGGAUCGCCGACGAGACCCUGGACCCCUUCCAUCCGGCCCCCUGCAUCCAGCGCUGCCUAUGAGCCUCUCGACCUGAACGGUAGUCCACGCCCUGGCACGCCGUCGUCCCGCUACGGCGGCAGCCCGAAACGCCCACUGCCGCCCCAGCCACUCUUUGCUGGCGGUCGUCCGAUUUCGAGCGAUUCGAAGCACAGCGAAGCUACCAUUGCUAUUGACAACGACGAUGUCUUUGGCGCUGACGGCGACAUGGGCUCGAGGCCCGAGCUCCACCCAGUGGACUCGUUCAACAGCCACUCGACUUUUACUGACGAAUUCUACGACGAGAAGCACAUGGGUCCAGCCCCAAGCCCCGGAAAGCAGGAACGACGCGGCGCCCGUCAGAAACGCGUGGAGAAACGAGAAGUCCGCCUUGUUAAUGGCGAGCUGAUCCUCGAGUGCAAGAUCCCCACUACUCUCUACAGUUUCCUUCCCCGCAAGGACGGGAGCGAAUUCACCCACAUGCGGUACACUGCUGUGACGUGCGAUCCCGAUGACUUUGUCGACAAGGGUUACAAGUUGCGUCAAAAUUUUGGCUCAACAGAACGUGAGACGGAGUUGUUCAUCGCUGUCACCAUGUACAACGAGAACGAGAUUGACUUUACCCGCACUAUGCAUGGCGUCAUGCGCAACAUCUCGCAUUUCUGCUCUCGCGCAAAGAGUAGAACCUGGGGUAAGGACGGGUGGCAGAAAAUUGUCGUUUGCAUCAUUGCAGACGGCCGUCAAAAGGUGCAUCCUCGUGUCCUCGACGCUCUGGCGGCCAUGGGCUGUUACCAGGAGGGUAUCGCCAAGAACACUGUCAACGACAAGGAAGUCACAGCCCACGUCUACGAAUACACCACCCAGGUAUCUCUCGAUUCCGACCUCAGAUUCAAGGGUGCCGAGAAGGGAAUUGUUCCGUGUCAGAUUGUCUUCUGUUUGAAAGAGAAAAACCAGAAGAAGCUCAACUCCCACAGAUGGUUCUUCAACGCUUUUGGCCGCGCCUUGAACCCCAACAUCUGCAUUCUUCUCGACGUUGGUACCAAGCCAGGUUCGAAGGCGUUGUACUAUCUUUGGAAGGCGUUUGACACGGACUCGAGCGUUGCCGGUGCUGCCGGUGAGAUUAAGGCUGGCAAGGGCAAGGGUUGGCUGGGUCUUCUGAACCCGCUGGUCGCCUCUCAGAACUUCGAGUACAAGAUGUCUAAUAUCCUGGACAAGCCACUCGAAUCGGUUUUUGGUUACAUUACUGUCUUGCCGGGUGCUUUGAGUGCCUAUCGGUACCACGCCCUGCAGAACGACGAGACUGGACAUGGCCCCCUGAGCCAAUACUUCAAGGGAGAAACGCUCCAUGGUCAAGAUGCGGACGUUUUCACGGCGAACAUGUACUUGGCCGAGGAUCGUAUUCUCUGCUGGGAGCUGGUUGCCAAGAGAAGCGAAAGAUGGGUCUUGAAAUACGUGAAGAGUGCGACUGGAGAGACUGAUGUGCCAGAUGCCGUUCCCGAGUUCAUUUCCCAGCGUCGCAGAUGGCUGAACGGAGCGUUCUUCGCUGCCGUGUACUCUCUGCUUCACUUCAGGCAAAUCUGGGCAACAGACCACACGCUCUGGCGGAAGAUUCUGUUGCACGUCGAAUUCGUCUAUCAGUUCGUCAGCUUGCUCUUCACGUACUUCUCUUUGGCCAACUUCUACUUGACAUUCUAUUUCAUCGCCGGCUCUCUCAGUGACCCCAAGCUGGACCCCUUCGGACAUGGCAUGGGUCACGUAAUUUUCCAGAUCCUGCGAUAUUCUUGCGUCCUCUUGAUCUGCAUGCAGUUCAUCCUGUCCAUGGGAAAUCGUCCUCAGGGAGCGAAGAAGAUGUUCCUCUUCUCUAUGAUUGUGUAUGGUGUCAUCAUGAUGUAUGUGACGUUCGCGUCAAUCUACAUCGUUGUCGACCAGCUGCGCGAUCCAGACACGAAGUUCGAGCUCGGCAACAACAUCUUCACCAACAUGAUUGUCAGCACAGCCAGUACGAUCGGCCUGUAUUUCCUCAUGUCGUUCUUGUAUCUGGAUCCCUGGCACAUGAUCACUUCCUCGGCCCAGUACUUUGCCCUGCUUCCCGCCUACAUUUGCACACUUCAGGUGUACGCUUUCUGCAACGCGCACGACGUUACGUGGGGUACCAAGGGCGACAAUGUGCAAAGCCGCGACCUCGGCCAGGCCAAAGGAAGUGGUAACACGGUUGAGUUGGAAAUGCCCUCGGAGCAGCUCGACAUUGAUUCCGGCUACGAUGAGGCCCUUCGCAAUCUCCGCGACCGCAUCGAGGUGCCCGCGCCGGGCCUCAGCGAGAGUCAGGCCCAGGAAGACUACUACCGCGCCGUCCGUACUUACAUGGUCGUUGUGUGGAUGAUCUGCAACGCCAUCCUAGCCAUGGCUGUCUCGGAAGCCUACCCGGUUGGCGAGGUCGGCGCGAACUUCUAUCUCAAGUUCAUUCUGUGGAGCGUCGCUGCGGUGGCACUGUUCCGCGCCAUCGGCUCGAGCGCAUUCGGCGUCAUCAACAUCAUCCACAUGAUCGCCGAGGGCCGGUUGAAGUGGCGUAAGAGGUCUAGCAGGAGCAGCAGCAGUCCGAAGACGAAGUUUGGACGCACCAGCAAGUUCACCGGCUGGCUGCCGAGCUUCGGCACGCCAAGCUGGGUGAGUAGCAGCGGCAGUUGGGUGAGCAGCAAGGCAAGCAGCGUGGGAAGCCGCUUGAGGAGGUAA